AUGAGGAGACGCAGCCAAGCUGAAGAACGAAGCAUCAUCUCCUACAUCAGCACGGGCUCUUCCAUCAUGCCCCAAAAGAAGAAUCCAGAUAGCCUGGAACUUCUUCGAGGCAAGAGCGGACGCAUCUUUGGUCAAAUGGCAGGGUUCAUGAUGACGCUCAAGGGCAUUCCGUCGACGUACAACAAGGAUCUGCAAGAGGACAAGGAACCUCUCUUCGAUGCUGUGGACACCAUCGGACGCGGCACACAGAUCGCUACAGGUGUCAUCUCUACGCUCGAGGUGAGUGCGAUCAGUAUGGCAUUCUUCGGAACUUUGCGCUCAGCGUUCUUUGUACAUCGUUCGGCAGAUUCAUCCUGCCAAGAUGCGUGCUGCAUUGACGCCGGACAUGCUCGCGACGGACCUGGCCGAGUACUUGGUCCGCAAAGGCGUGAGUCACGCUCGGCUCGUUCAAGCGCGUCUGCUCUCUGGCUACUGAUCACUCCUGCAUCGAUCAUCUCAGAUCCCUUUUCGCGAGACGCAUCACGUUUCCGGAUCAGCAGUCAGGCUCUCCGAGGAGCGCAAAUGCAAAUUGUCCGAUUUGACCUUGGAAGAUUUCAAGACUCUGCAUCCUGCUUUUGAAGAAGACGUGGCCAAGGUUUGGAGCUUUGAUGAGAGUGUGGAGAGGAGAGAUGCAAUUGGAGGGACUAGCAAGAGGGCGGUACUUGAGCAGUGCGAUACGCUCGAGAAGAACUUGAAAGCGCAGUAAAAGGUGAGAAAGAUUGUCGCAGGGUAGAUUACAGAGAGUGAUGCGAGCAACGUAAUGCAACAAGCGUAUUUCAGGAUGCCCGAGUGAUGGGUCGAAAUGCUGCGUGCCAAGAUGGAAAGUGCUGGAGGGAGGGUAAGAUAUGCAGGCUUACGAAGCAAUGAUCUCGUACCACUCCACACCAGCUCUGGCAUGA